AUGCCCGUACGACCAACAACAGCAUCAGAAAGCUUGACCAUACACACGAGUAAUCCCCAUUCUAGCUUACCGGAUUGUAUCUCACAGGGCGGAACUAUAGCUGAAUGGCAACCAAACACAUACAAUCAAAACUCGCAUGUCAGAGUCCACAUGCCCGAUGGCAGUGACAAGUUUUUUCCAAACGUCAAACGCGAUCACCUGCAAAUGUAUCUCAACGCUGGGAAAAUUGGUAUCCAUAGCAGCAUGAUCGAAAUCAGGAGCGUAGGGAGACAUGCAGGAGACAUUGAUCGAGACGGAAUCGACGGAAUCGAUUAUUCUUGUUCAUCUUCUACUAGUACGUCACGUGAUAUUUCACAGGAAACCGAUGACGAGGAUGACCGAGAUUUCGAGAGUGACGAUGACAUGGUCAUCGAGCGUCAGUUUGGACAUGGCGAGCAAUUACCAAACAAUCAGCCAUUAUUUUUGAACUUUACUUCGGACCUUGCUACGCAGCAUGUUACCAGGAAAAAGACCAAGGAUAAGAAGCAGGUUACUUACAGAGUCAAUGGAGUCAACAUUCUCAACAGAAAUAGUCUGGAUAUGCAGGAACUACAAAACGAAAACGAUGCAAUUAAAAUCGAAUUGAGUUCUCUAAAGACGCACACACCAAGUUCAACCCUGUCGAAUACAAUUCCGACAAGUGUUCCUCCACAACCGCUAGUAGCCUCAUCUACGACGUCUUCUUUGUCUUCUUCUCCUUCAGGCCAAGCCCCCGUAAUAGGCAGACAUCAGACAUUAUUACAAAGUCAUACACCUUCAGCAUGUUCAGUACCAUCAUCAUCGCCAAAAUCACACCCACCCGCCGUGACAUUACCGUCCAUAUCGAGCACAGACUUGACUGCUGAGCCAACAAGUCCGUUGAUUCUACCUCCACCAUCUAAUCUGUUAUCUCUUGAUAAGAGGAUACCGCUCGACAUGAAACCAAAUCUAAAACUGGAAUCUCUUUCGCAUUCUGUUCCUUCUUCGCCUACUCUAGCGGCGUCUGUUGGGAAUGCUAAUGGGAACAAGCCCGGCAUCAACCACAAUGUCAAUGGCAUUAACCACAAUGUCAACCACAAUGUCAACCACAAUGUCAACCACAAUGUCAACCACAAUAUCAACCACAGUAUCAGUCAUAACAUCAGUCAUAACACAAGUCAUAACAUUAGUCACAGCAUCAGUCACAGCAUCAGUCAUAACAUCAACCAACAUAAUGUCAAUCACAAUGUGAUUCCACCCGAGAACAUAAUUCUCCCACCAAUAACCACAGAACUUUCCAAAGACUAUCAACGCCUGCGAUCGCCAAGUGAAUAUUGCAACGGAAGCGCAAAUGGCGGUGGAUGUUUUGACCAUAGUAAUAGUCGAGCGUCUCUACCGUUCAAGUCUGGCAGUAUGUCGUAUGUGUUGCAGAGGAACGCUGGUCAGCAGAUAUCGAGCCAGUAUUAUUUGCGAUGA